AUUGGGUCUAAAAGUAGACCCGAAGGCCUGCAAGGACAGGCGCAAGGAUGGAGGCUGCAAGGAGAGGAUCCUGAUUCUAGAUAUACACCUGCAAUUCCCUUCCGUCCGAUGACUGCAGUCCAAUUUCAAAUCACAGAACAGAGAGUGAGAACAGAAACCUAGAAGGAGGAGACACAAAAACCCUAGAUUUGCUUCUGCUCUAAUGUAGCAAUGUCAGGAAAGGUCCCAGCUUCAUUAAGAUACAUAAAUAAUCCAAGAUAUACCUCUCUUCCAUCAUCCAGGAGUUUCAAAUCAAAAUUUCUAGUUGUUACUUGCCCAUAUGAGACUGCUUUUGCCUUGCAUUGGAGAGACUUUCAACAGUUAUGUUUCUUUAGUGUAGUUCAUGACCCAUCAACCAGCAUUUACAAGAGGAUGGGUUGGUCAAUCAGGAGCAGCAUAGAUGGCAAUGGAUUGGAUUCUCCUCCUACGAAUGGCACCAGUGGUAGGACUCGAUUAUUUAGGGCUAUUCAAGCUCUUCAAGUCAAAUUGAAUGCUAGAAUCCAGGAGAUCAAGAAUGGAUUUUUCAUGAAAGCGCUGUUUUUCUUGAUUGGGUUUUAUUGUGCAACAGCCUUCUCCACUGUCAUAGGACAAACUGGUGACUGGGAUAUUUUGUCUGCUGGCUUGGCUGUGAUUGUGGUUGAGGGAAUUGGUGCUCUCAUGUACAAAGCUUCUUUUCCUCUACUCAACAACAUCAAGAGCCUUAUUACCAUGUUUAAUUUUUGGAAGGCUGGGCUUUCCUUGGGUCUUUUCUUGGAUGCAUUCAAAUACGAAAUAGAUAACAUUCUUGGGUUACCCAACCCUUUUAAUUUUGAAUUAGAUGCAUUAUUUCACUUUUUUGUAUGAAAUUUUGGUUCUUUUGAAAGCUUAUUUAACUCCUAAUUCCGCUUGCUGAUAUUUCAAAAGUUGCUGAUUGGAA